UUGAGUUUUUGCAGCCAAUCGAAUAAUCAAAUCAAAACUCAUUACAAUAAAAGCGAAAAGGCGGGCGCGAGAAAGAAAUUAGUGCAAUUGAAUAAAGGCAAUAAGGCCAAUUAAGUUAUUAAACGAAUUAACGCAACACACGACAAAAAAGUGCAAAAAUGUUUGGCUGCAUUUAUCAGCUGUGGGACUGGUUGGAGGCGCCGCCGCUCUUCACCGCCGGCACCAUGGACGCCAAGAAGCUGCAGCAGCUGCAGGAGGCAGCGAUCCUGGCGCAGCAGCAGAAGAAGCUGCCGCUGGCCUACCAGACGAAUCUCGUGGACUACCGGACGGCGGCCUACAGUCAGGCCUUGUACCAGCAGUCGCCCACGGCCACCAGUUCGAGCGGUGGAGGACCCCUCUCGCCGAUCGAGCUGCAGCCGCAGUCAAAGCACCACAACCACAACCUGAUGAAGCACGGCGGAGGCGGCGGAACGUCCAGCAGUUCGCACAGUUCGCCCUACCAUCAGUCGUAUUCGAGCAGCGGCGGCACUGCGGCGGGGGAGCAGCUGUACCAGUCGCCCACGGAGCGAACCUAUCUGGCGGCGGCCGGCAGAUUGCAGGCCAGCAAUGCCAUCGCCGGACAUCAUCCCAUUUCGGCGCUGCAGUCGCAGUACCAGCAAUUGCAGGCGGCCAAAAUGCAGGCCCAGAUGGCCACCCAAAGCGAGGCUGCCCAGCAGCAGCAGCGCACAUUCGCCAUGCGACAGGCCAUGAACCCGCCCACAAAUCACUAUCACAUGAGUCAGUCGCCCAGCAUGGUGUCCAAUAUGACCACGAUGACCCAGCAGCAACAGCAACAGCAGCAGCAGCAGCAGCAACAGAGGGCUCCACCCUCUUCUUUAAAUUUGCAAAAUCAAUAUCAACCUGCUCAGGGCCCUCUGAAGUUGCAACAUCAACAUCAGCAACAGCAACAGCAGCUGCAGCAGCAGCAACCUUCCAUGCCCAAACACUACCAGGAGCAAUUGUACGCUCAGCAGCAACAGCUGCAGCAGCAGUUGCAACAGCAACAGUUGCAGCAGCAACAGCAACAACAACAGCAGCAGCAACAUCGUCACAAGAAUGACCUGCAAACACCGGGCAGUGAACACGGCACCGUUUACAUCCAGCAGAAUCAUCCCGGUCAUGUGGUGAACCAGGCAUGCCAGACCCAAAUAUCGGCCGUUAAACCCAAGGCCACGCCCAGUUCGGAGGAGUCGUCGUCGAACUCGGCCAAGAGUCCCACCCAUGCACCGCUGGACCGGAAGAAGAGCGCCGGCUCCAUUCAGGCCUUGAAGUCACCCAUCACGAAGAGACCACCCUCCACGCCGGUGACCUUGUCGGGUUGGCUGCACAAGCAGGGCUCCGACGGUCUGAAGGUGUGGCGCAAGCGCUGGUUCGUCCUGGCCGAGUACUGCCUGUACUACUACAAGGGGCCCGAGGAGGAGAAGCUGCUGGGCUCGGUGCUGCUGCCCUCAUAUCGCGUAUCCGCCUGUUUGCCCGAGGACAAGAUCUAUCGCAAAUUUGCCUUCAAGUGUGAGCAUCAGAAUAUGCGAACCUAUUGGCUGGCGGCGGACAAUGCCGAGUCCAUGAUGCAGUGGGUGAGAGCUUUGGCGGCGGCCAGCCUGAUGCAGGCGCCCAGCAGCGGGGAAUCGGAGCCCAGUGUGAAUUCCUCGCUGAAUCACAGUGGCGAGAACUCCGACUCGGGCAUUCACACACUGCAAUCGCAUCCCGGCAAGGGGCAGCCCACACCCUCGUCGGAAAAUGCGGGCAGCAGCGGGGGCGGCAGUGGACAGCCCCUCUAUGCAAAUGCACCGCCCAAGCCGAGGCGCAUCAACGAUGGCGGCUACUCAUCGCCAUCGCCCGAGCACAACGAACAGCAGCAGCAUCAGCAGCAUCAGCAGAAGCAGCAACAUCCUAGUCGCCGCCUCAUGUCGCCCACGCAGCAACUCUACCAGCAGCAGCAGCAGCAACACCAACGAUCUCAGCAGCAACAGCAACAGCAGCAGCAUCAGCAGCAGCAGCAACCGCAGCAACAUCAUGCCAUCUACGACACGCGAACGGGCCACGUGUCCACCGCCUUGCAGCUGCAACAGGCUCAGCAGCAGUACUCACUGGACCACCUGGAGGCGCAGUUCCAGCAGCAACAGCUGGACAUGGAGGAGCAGAUCGCCAGGCUGCAGCAGCAGCGGGCCGCCGAGGAGAUCUACGGUGAGCGGGAGAUGUACAUGGCCAAGCUGAUGCAGCAGCGACAGGGUCCGAAUGGGGCAUACCCCACCCAGCAGCAGCUGUUGCAGGCGGAGCGGCGCACUCCGGAUGCCUAUGGGCGGUCCAAGCAGCAGCGACUCUUUGCCGCCGCAGCCGCCGCAGCGGACUACGAGGACAUCUACAACAUGUCGCAGCUGGCCGGCGGUGCCGGAGGAGUCAUGUCCGCCCAGGAGGCGCUCCUCCAGGAGGCGGCCAGCUACCGGCGACCCCUCAGCCCGCCCAGCUACGAUGCCAGUAAGCACGUACCGGCGAUGCCCCAACGGUACACACCCAAUCAUUUGGAGGCCAGUGCCGCUGAUCAACUAAUCAAUACCAUGGACUUGCGUGCCCGCACGGCGGCGGCCAUAGUGCGUCCCCACUCCGCGGACUUCCUGGAGUAUGAGGCUCGUGCCGAGGCAGCUGCAGCCGCUGCCGCCGCGGCGGUGGCCCAAAGUCAGCAGGAGAGUGGGCGUGCCCCGCGGCCCAAGUCCAGUUUGGACAUCAAUCGUACUCCGGACAGCUUCUACUACUCGGAGGCCAGCUAUGCGGAGAAGAUGCGGAAGAGUGCACUGUAUUUGCAGAGCGGCGGCGGCGGAGGAGGUGGAGCUGGAGCUGCUCAGCCGCAGCAGGCGGGCAACUACCGCACUGCAGCGGGAGAUUUCGGCUCAGGGGUGAACACCAUUGGCUACGAGAAUCCCUACGAGAGGGCCUACAAGCGGCAGGAGCUGCUGGCCGAGGCACAGGCCCAGGGCGGAGCGGCCAGCAGUAUGCCGCGCAUGAGCCGGUCCGCCAGCCAAGGUCGUUCGGUGGCCUCGCAGCUGCAGUCGCCUCAGCAGGAGGACCUGCCGCCGCUCAACGUGCAUCCGGGCUCCAUUUUCCCGCCCUCGAUGUCCACGCAGGAGAUCAUCAGCAAGAACGAGCAGUUCCUGCGCUCCGCCAGUGCCCGGCUGCCCAAGAGAGCGGGCGGCAUGGACGAUGACUACUCGGCCGCGAAUUCCACCACCACUUCGCCGACGUCCGGCGCAGGAGGCGGUGCCUCCAACUCGCCGCAACACCAUCAGGAUGGCGAGCGGAAGCGGGAGGAGUCCAUGAAGCGGCUGCUCGAGUGGAAGCAGCGCAUGCUGCAGUCACCUCUGACCCGCAAGGGCAUACAGCAGGGCGGCAGCAACAUGUCCGCCAUGUCCAAGCUGGGCAGCAAUCCGAACAUCCUGCUAUCGUCCACGGCGGUGGCCAGUGGAGCACGCUAUGCCCCCCAUGCGGGCAAAACGGGACUGGUGGGCAAUGGCAAUGGAAAUGGAAAUGGCAGUGGCGCGGCGGCUGGGAGUGCAGCAUCGACAUCGGGAAUCCAACGAUCCCGAUCCGACAGCCAGGCCAACGUGGGACCCGGCGGAGUGGUGUACAACAGCUACUCCUCGGACGACGAGGCUGGGACUGUGGAUGAUAACUUGUAUAGUGCGACGGCAGGAAGGUCAUCGUCGAAAACAACAACGACAUCACAGGCAAUAGUAGCAACAACAACAGCGUUAGCAAUAGCAAACAAUAGCAGUGACAGAAACGUAGAGAGUCCGAGACCAACGGCAUCAUCGUCAUCAUCAUCAUCAUUAUCACCCAAAGUCAGCAAUGCGAAAUUCCAACUGAAGCCCAUUUUGAAAGUGCACGAGGCCAACAAAACCCGCAUUAUUCAGGUGCAGCCCAAACAGCCCGAGGAGCGGCUCAAACUUAGAUUGAAAUUGCCCAAGGCGCAGGAUGAGCAGGACGAGCAGGACGAUGAGGAGCAGGAGGAGGCAUCCGUACCCAUUUUGCCAAAGAAAACAGCACCCAAGUCGCCGCAGAAUGCCAAUUAUGUGCCUGUGUACAGCAAUAAGCUGGUCAGCAACUACGAGAACAUGGAGUUUGGCAAGCCAAUGGCCGAAAGCAAAGCCCCCGCGAGCAAUGCAGCGAUUACCGAUCCCGAGGAGACGCCCAUGCUGAUGCAGCUCAAGUUGUUCAAGGAGCAGCAGGAGCAGCAGAAUCAGCAGCAGCAGCGAGAAACCGAGGAGGACCUCACACCCACAGCGGAAAGUAAACCCAUUCCAGGGGAGGAGGUGGAAACGAAGGAAUCACAUGAGGAGGAACCAGAACAAGAGCUCGAAAACGAGGAAGAGGAAGAUGAAGAAGAGAGCACGGCCUGCGAGGAGUACACUGAUGAUGAUAUAGACGAAGCCCUGGCUCAGGACGAUGAGGAUGAAGCCGUCGUCGUGGCAUCAGAAAAGGAAUUGGCUGAGGACAGGGAACUGCAGCAGAUAUAUGUCAACGAGCCCAUCACACCCACCGACCAGCAGUUCGACGAGAGUCACUACCUGCCCAUGACGCCCAAGAAAGUGGAACUGGGUCAGCCGGGGGUGCUCACCCUGGUUGCCACGCACGAAACCUACGCCGCGGAAGAGGAGGAGAACCACUAUGUGGAGAUGACCAAGGGGAUCCAGGACGAGGACUGCAGGAGCAACUACGAGACCAUGUGCCUGGUCAGCACUAGUGCGAGUGCCCUUAAGGUCACGACCAAAACAGAGCCUGUCUACAUGGAGUUGGCCGGGGUUAAGGGUGCAGCCAACGAGGAAGCCCACUGCUCCUCGGGUCGUUCUACCCUGAAAAAGGGCAAGAAAUCGGGGACUGAGACCCUCAAGAAGAAAACCAAAAAGCGGCAGGGCAAGGACAUGCCGGAUAUCCUUAAGCCAGCCAAGAGUACCCUGGCCAGCGAUAGUUCGGAUGCGGAUGACGAGAGCAGCCGGCAGCAGCUGGAGGCCAAGAAACUGCGCUCCAGGUCACGAUUUAGUCUGUCGGAUACCUUUAGGCCAGCUUCGUACUAUUUGGGUGCUUCAACACCCCUGAACAACUACGCAGAGAGUUCGGACAGUGAGAUACUGCCGCCACCUCCGAUACCGGACUCACCACCGCCCAUGGAGGAGCUCAAAACGGAGGAGAUCUUCUCUUCCGAGCACUACGAUACGGUGAAGCGAAAGGACAGCAAUAGCAAAGUGAAUCUCUCCUACGAGCAACUGCCCAAGAUGCAUGCCAGCAAUACGUCAUUGAAUUUGCCCAAAGCAGUUCCUAGUCCCACGCUAAAAAGUAGUCGUCUCUCCCUGCCCGACCACUUUACCAAGGUGCGAGUGACACCUCAGAGGCUGCUGUUGCCGGGAGCCACGCCGCCGCAGCAGCAGCACGCCCGCACUCUCUCCGACUCCAACUACAGUGUUCAGUUGACGGACAACAGUAGUUCGCGAACCUCCUCGGACUUGGAUCUGUAUCGCCGGAGGGGCCAGCAGCAGCAUCAGCAGCAGCAACGAUGCACCAGCAACAAUUCGCUGCCCCUCAGUAGCGAAAAUGAGUCGGUGGAGUUCCGGCAGAGAUCCGACUCUGAACUGGAUCGCCAGCGAUCGAGGCGACCGCUUUCCCAGGAGUCUAUCAGCGAGAUCGAGUCGCUGAGCGAGCAGUUCGAGGAGACCCUGAGUAGCCACGAACUGGACACCUACCUGAGUCACCUGCACCUGUCCACGGGUCAGUCCACGCCCACCAGCCACCUGCUGAACGAUGCCAAUGCAGCCGCAGGUGCCGACAUCCUAACCAAUCUCAUCAAGCCACCGAAAACAUUCCGCAAUACGGAGGACGAGGAACAGCACUUCUACGGCAACAUACACUUCCUCUCCUCCACCGACUCCAUUCAGCAGCUGGGUGAUGGUGGGGCAGCGGCUCUGCGCAUCAUACACAGUCGGAAUAACAGCAAUAUAUCCACCCAGUCGGCUCCCUACUACUACUCAGAGCUGCCAGCUCCGCCGCCCUUGAACAACCAGCGUGACAUUCACGCCCACGGCCUGAACAUUGCCCACAUUCACAACCCCAUCGAUCGGAAUCAGUUCAACGUGGAUGCCCUGGUGGACAAGGACCAGGCCAUCGACAGCAAGAACAUCUACUGCGGCCAGAAGGACAACCACGAGAAGCUGAGCAACAAGAACCUCAAGCUGAACAACCACAUUCCGCUGGUAGAUUCAACGGAGCAGCCGGAAAGUAGCGGUAGUGGUGCACUUAACCCCGUCGUCCAUUCAUAUCCAUUCACAACUACUAAAAACACAAACCUCGCUCGUAAGACGAUUGGUGGUAGCGUCCCGUCGGAUGAUGGAACCCCUAACGAUGGUGCUGGUGAAGAUGAAGAUGAUGGUGCGGCGGAGGAGGAGGAGGCAGUCGUCGGCAAGACCCCGUCGAAUAAUGUCCAUCCCAACCUCUCAGUUCUAGGUGGCGAGUUGCUCUGGGAGGAGGAUGCCCUGUGGCGUGAGAGUUUGCGCCGGGUCUCCCAGCGGCAUGCGAGAUCCCUGGACGAUCUGGACAGGAUUGCGUCCGUACCGCCCGUUUCGAGUACGCCCAAGGCGAAGUUGAGUCGCGAGGUGACCUACGUGAAUGACAGCCUAAAGCCCCGCCAGCCGCCGGUGAGCAACGAGCACGAUGUCUAUGUCCAGUUGCUGGAUAACUCCGUCCUCAGCCACGAGCAAGCGGAUUCCGAUGUGUACGAGGUGCUGCGCGAGGAGACCGCCUCGAAUUUGUCGCACAAAUCCAAUGAGCUGGAUCGCGAGACCAUCCGUCAGUGGGAUGCCAUGUCCAGUGGCCUAAUGAAGAGCCACCACAGCAGCAGCAUGGAUGGAGGUGGAACGGGAACUGGAGCUGGAGCUCCUCACCUGCCACUCACCAGCAGUGUGCGCGCAAUCGUACAGCAGCUGAACAAUAGCGCCACCACCAUAGACGAUGCCAAUGGCAAUCCCAUGGCAACAGCCUCGAUUUCGGUGCGCAAUGUGAACAAUCUACCGAUGGGAAAUCUGACGGUGAAGCCGGAUCCUUCGGAUGUCCAGCAGGAGUCCGCCUUUGCCCCGUACUACGGCGGAGCUGCGGAGACGAAGUACGCCAAGAACACCGUGCUCACGGAUCGCGGACUUUACGCCGGAAACGGCCUGGCCACAUCCACGCCCCAAAAUCAUCAGCAAUUCCGGAUGCGCCGCACCGGAAGUAGGGCGGAAAUCGAUAUGCUGGAGCGCGAGACGAGCAGCCAGAUCAGGAAUCGCCUUCGAAGUGCCGAGGGUUUGACUAGAGCCGAAAGCAUCCAGCGAUUGGACUACUUGAAGCAACACCUUUUGGAUUUGGAACGGCAUUACGAGAAGAGCAAGCCGCUGGUCAAUUUGGUGGACAACAUGGUCAAGCUGGGAUCGCUGUAUCGGAACGAUGCCAAUGGCAGAGUCCAACCAGCCACUCUGGAUCGCCUGGAGUUCAAUCAGCGGAUGCAGGAGCGUCAAAUGCUGCAGGAGGAGCAGCAGCAGUGGGAGCGCCUCAGUCCCAAUCAGGCUGAGUUACAGGCCAAGGUGCGUGAACUCUACCAACUGGAUCAGCUUCUGCAGGAGGAGUCGGGCAUUCUGCAGAGUCUGCAGCGCGACAAGGAGGACCUCGAGCGUGCCUUGGGCGGAUUAAGAGCUCGCAUCCACGACAGCAAUGCCACGCCCAUGGCCCUGGAGGCGGCCAAAAAGCAGCAGCACAUCCUGGAACGCGAACUUUCGCGAGUCCAUCAGCUGCUGGCCGACAACUCAAAGAAACUGGAGCAGACAGUGGCCGGUAAUGCGCGGCUGGAGCAGGAGCUCCUCCUCCUCCGCCAGAAGGUGCAGGCCACCCGCGGAGCGACCACCAACGGAAUGGGCAACGAUGGCUCCCACAUCAAUGGCGACCAGACUGCCGCCGUUUUGGCCUCGGAAUUGGAGCGUGUGCAAUCUCUGGUGGGCGAUAUGCAAAGACAACGUCACGAACUCAGCUCGGCCGUGCGCCAGCUGACGGAGAACUCGACCAGGUUGUACCAGGAGAUUGGCAACAAGGAGAUGAACGGCGGUGGGUCCACCAAUGGCAGUCUGAAGAAGCGCAGCAACUCCACCAGCUGGACGGAAACCGACCUGGAUGCCAAUAUGCUGCGAUGUGGAAGUCGUCAGCAGUUGAACGACUCAACCUUGAACCUAUCCACGCCCCUCUAUGUGGACACGAAUAGCUCCACCAAGUUGAGCGACUACAAUCGGUACAAUGGCGGCGGCAGCAGCGAUGCCCUGGAGAUGAGUGGGGUGGAUAGCGAUGGCUUCCUGGACAGCAACCCCUUUGCCCUUGGCCUGGAAAAGCCGGAAAUUAAGACGGUGAGGAUUGUGAAACGGGAAUCGGAACGCAGGAAUCGCGACCGCAGUGAAAGGGGUCUGAGCAGCUCUAUCCAGAAUCUGGAUCAGGUCUUGGAGGAGGAGCAGUAUGCCCAGCAGCAGAGGGAGCAGCAGCAAAUGUACGCCCAGAGCUUGGAGGAGCAGAUGAGUAAUGGCCACCACAGUCGCUCCAAGUCGCUGCCCCGAAACUACAGUGAGCCCCCGAAGCAGCGGCACAGUCGCCAUCAGAAUGGCAAGCAGAAUGGUCACCACUUCAACGGUGGCUACGAUUACGAUCGGAACAGCAACUACGAGCACCAGCCACCGCCACCUCCGGCUCCACAGAGCAAUGGACAUGGAUACCACCAUCACUCGCAUAGGGAGCAGCGGGAGCACCUUAAUCCACUGGCCAAUGCCUACUUCGCCAAGCAGCUCCAGCAGCAGGUUAAUCCCUCGCGGGACAGUGCCCGCGUGGCCCUGCGCACCAAAACGGACUCGCUGCAGAGCCUCAACAAGAGCCUCACGGACAUCAGUCCGGAGCCAGUGUUCCAGAGUGUGGCCGCCCGCCAGAUCAUCAACGAAAUGUCCGCCGGCUCGGCAUCAGAGGACACCGAGAAGGUGGUGGAGAAGGUGCCACCGCACCACAAACAUCGCAGGGCGGUGCCCAGGGAGAAGAGGCGCCACUACACUGCGCCGAACAAUGUCAACCAGAAGGCCAUGGAGAAGGUGCAGGCCGAAAACGAUAUGAAUCGAAAUAACACAAACUGGCGAGCUCGCGACGAUCUGGAUAUGGAGGUGGCCCUGAGACCUCGAAUGAAUGCCCCCGAUGUGAUUCGUUCUGCUUUAGGACAGGGUGAAAAGAUUUCGGAGAAUACCAUUGACAACUUGCUGUUGGCACCGAACAAAAUAGUAAUACCCGAGCGUUACAUACCAGAAACAACGCCUGAACUGUCGCCCGAAGAGAAGAAGCGUCGUCAGGAGAAGGUCGAGUCCAUUAAGAAAAUGCUGUCAGAGGCGCCGAUAAGCAGCAAUGAGAACGAGAGCCUGCCGCCGAGCAAAAUCACCGCCGAAAAGAAGCAGCGCGAACACCUGCUGCAACUCAACCAAAUUUUGGCUCAGCAAGUGAUGCAGGUCAGCAAGAUCGUGGCCGGAAAUCCCACUAGUCACAACUAAUCCGCAAGUAGCCUGUCGAGUUGUUUCUGUUCACCUUUUGUGUUUACCUUUGCAUUGCAUUUACCUUUUGUUCACGUUGUGUUUUGCAAAUCGAUAACUGAGAGGGUUCGCAUCACGAUUCGCGAUAAAUGAGAUUUGUUGUUCGGAACAUACCAAACAUAUAUGCAUACCUAGUACGUUACACCUAAGUAUACAGUAACUACAGAAAUGACAGCAAACAAGAACACACCCGAAGUUGAGAUUUAAAGCAUGCUAAACUCACAAAAAAACUCACUCCAAACAAAACGCAAAAAUUCACAAACAAAAACACUUAAAUAAACAAACAAAAAUAGAAAACGACAACAAGAAUAAACUGCAACGCAAUAGCAACAAGAACAAGAACAACAACAACAACAAGCACAAGAACAACAACAACAGAUAUACGAUUGCGUAAGUCCAG